GUAAACAGAGAGUCAGAGACAGAGAGGAGAGAGAAAAAAGGAAAAGGCAGAGGUAGGUUAUAGCCUGGUAGGGUCUUGUUUGAGCGACAGCCAUGAAAGUUCGGAAGCCGCUUAAAGCCUCCCUUCAAUUGCGGCCACUAUGUAACAAAGCAAGUCUCACAAAACUCCAAAAAGCUUCAUUCUCUCUUUCUAAUAUCGCUCCGACCAGAAACGACGAACAACAAUUUGGAAUUAUUCGACAUGCAUUUCGCCAGACUCGACGAUUCGCCGAUGUUUCGGCAGCAGUGUACAUGCAGAUGUACAGACUCGUAUGUUUGACUCUGUUCCAGGUGCUGAAGUGUUGUUUGUUGAUGGUGUUGAAUGGUGAAACAGAUACAAUGCUUGGAAGAAAGUGCAGAUACAUUGAGGGGAAGAUGUUUAAAGUUUCACAAAGGAUGUAGAAAGUACACGGAAGGUCUUGGAGAGGGGUACGAUGGAGAUAUUGCUUUUGCAACUUCACUCGAAACUUUUGGAGGAGGGCAUAAUGAUCCCAUAUGUGUUGCUUUUGGAGGUCCAGUUAUGAAUAAAUUCACAAUUGCUCUGAGAGAGAUUGGAAUGUACAGGGAAAUUCUUCGGUCUCAGGUAGAGCACAUGCUAAAUGAUAGGUUGCUACAGUUUGUUAAUGAUGAUCUGCAUGACGUCAAGGAAGCCAGAAAACGCUUUGACAAGGCUUCUAUUAUAUAUGAUCAGGCACGUGAGAAGUUUUUGUCAUUGAGGAAGAGCACUAGGAUGGAUGUUGCUACAGUAAUAGAGGAGGAACUGCACCAUGCAAGAUCCUCUUUCGAACAAGCACGCUUUAAUCUGGUUAGUGCUCUUUCAAAAGUAGAGGCUAAAAAGAGAUUUGAGUUUUUGGAGGCUGUUGGAGGGAUGAUGGAUGCUCAUCUUCGAUUCUUCAAGCAGGGAUAUGAUCUCUUGCAUCAGUUGGAGCCUUUUAUAAGCCAGGUCUUGGCUUAUGCACAGCAGUCGAGAGAAUGUUCCAACUAUGAGCAGGCAUCUCUUAAUGAAAGGAUGCAAGAGUACAGAAGACAAGUUCAUGAAGAAAGUAGGCAGUCCUUAAAUAUCUCUCCUGAUUCUCCAACUGGAGAUGGUAUGCGGUCUUUUGCUAAAAACUCUCAUAAAGUUAUGGAAGCAGUUACGCAAUCUGCUGCUAAUGGAAAGGUUCAAACUAUUCGACAAGGAUAUCUCUCAAAGCGGUCCUCAAAUUUGAGGGGUGAUUGGAAAAGAAGAUUUUUUGUCCUUGAUAGUCGAGGGUUGCUGUAUUACUAUCGGAAGCCAUGGGGUUUUUCAUCUGGUGGUGGAAGUCAAUCUUCUAUACAGAGGAAUGUUUCCUCUGAAAAUGGCCCUGGGUUGCUAAGUCGGUGGCUUUCAUCUCAUUACCAUGGCGGUGUGCAUGAUGAAAAAUCUGUUGCACGUCAUACUGUAAAUCUUCUAACAUCAACAAUAAAAAUUGAUGCAGAUCAGUCAGAUAUGAGAUUCUGCUUCAGAAUUAUUUCACCAAUGAAGAUCUACACAUUACAGGCAGAGAAUGCACAAGACCAGAUGGACUGGAUUGGAAAGAUUACUGGCGUAAUUGCUUCGUUAUUGAGUUUUCAGACGCCUGAAUGGCAUCUUUCUACAAGUCCCAUGGGAAGUAGUGGUCACUCCAGCGAUAUAUUUUUAGCAGAUUCUCAUGAUAUAAAUGAGACAGCAGUGGAGGGCCUUACCUCUAAGAAUCUCAACCGUGGCAAUCGCUUACAUGUAUCUAGAAGUUGGCAACACUCAGAAAGGAAAAGUAAUAAGCCAAUUGAAUUAUUGAGAAGAGUAUGCGGAAAUGACAGAUGUGCUGAUUGCAAUGCGCCAGAGCCGGACUGGGCAUCAUUAAAUCUGGGUGUACUCGUUUGUAUUGAAUGUUCUGGUGUUCAUCGUAACCUUGGUGUACAUAUAUCAAAGGUAAGGUCACUUACACUUGAUGUAAAAGUGUGGGAGCCUUCUGUCUUAAAUCUGUUUCAGUCAAUUGGCAAUACCUAUGCAAAUUCAAUCUGGGAAGAGAUGCUACACCUUAGAUGUGGAAAUGUUGAUGAAGUGCCUGAAGGUUUGUCCAAGUCAGAUGGACACAAAGAGUUUCUUAUAAAGAAACCUAGUCACGAUGAUCCUAUUUCGAUGAAGGAGAAGUUCAUUAAUACGAAGUAUGCAGAAAAAAAAUUUGUUCUCAAGAUGAAGGAUAACCAGCAUGUCCUGGGACAACAAUUGUGGGAAAGCGUCCAUGCAAAUGACAAGAGAGCUGUUUACCGAUGUAUAGUCUGCUCUGAAGCAGAUGUCAUAGCUCAUGGGCAAGAAUUUUUUGGUGACUCUUUUGACAAGAUUUCCUCAAGCUGUCUGAGUUCAGUAAAUAAAAACAGAGAUCAGCUCAUUGAGGAAUGUUAUGAUGGUUGUUCUCUGCUUCACUUAGCCUGCCUAAACGCUGAUGUGGGCAUGGUAGAAUUACUUCUACAAUAUGGUGCAAACGUAAAUGCUUCUGAUUCAAGAGGUCGGACACCAUUACACCAUUGUGUUAUUAGCCGGAGAACUGAAAUUGCAAAGCUGCUUCUCAUGAGGGGAGCCAAUAGACAAGCUGCUGAUAAAGAAGGCAUUACUGCUGAUCAGCUUGCAUCUGAAUCGGCUCUCGAGGACAGCGACCUAUUUGCCCUCUUAAAGGAAACAAAUAGAUAGAUGAUACAGAAGGCAUCAUGCACCAAAAGUUACUAGGGGGAGGGCGUUGGUAGGUCAGUUUGCAAAAGCUGCAUAUAACAUUUUUUCUUCCUCGCAUUUAUAUUAGUUAUUACAUCUCUAGAAUGUACGACGGUAGGUGGUCUCUCCGACUCUGUCCACCCCUGCAAGGUGUUUUGAGAGAGUCAUCGUUAGUAAGUGUGUGUUCUGUUGUAUAUAAGUGAGUCCAUAUGUAUUUCUAAUUAUGAAGAGUCAAUAUCUAAUUAUGAAGAGCUUCGGUUAGUUUUGAUAUUUCUAAAAUUGCUCAUAA